CUCUGCUCUUAGAAGAAAGAAUAUCCAGCAGAAUAAAAAGAAAAAUCAUGACAGAAGAGAGCAGGUUCUGCAAAAAUUGUAAACGAGAUGUGUCUGCUGCCAAUUUCUCCCUCCAUGAGGCCCACUGCUUGCGGUUUCUCACUCUUUGUCCAGAAUGUGAUGAACCAGUUGCCCAAAAGGAUAUGAAAGACCAUCAAACAGAAGCACACAAGCAGGUCAGAUGUAAUCUUUGUCACCAAAGCAUUCAGCAAUACCAGUUGGAGCAUCAUGAGACCAAGGAAUGCUACAAACGAGCAAUGAAGUGCAAGAUCUGUGAGCUUGAAAUGCCCUUCAACAAGCUGCAGGAACACCUGAACACCUGUGCCAGCCGAACAGAGUGGUGUUGGGAGUGUAACAAAUACAUCAUGUACAAAGACCAGAACAAACACAAAGAUAUUUGUCAGAACAGUGCCCUGUCCUAUCAUAAGGAUGUGAACUUUCAAACUUUCAGUGAAGCAUCCACUAAUGCAACAUUUAUUUGCCCCAAUGGUACUGGUGGCAAUCUUUGUCGGAAGUGCAAUAAGUCAUUCCCAGAUGACCAGUACUCCCAGCAUCUGAAUAAAUGCAGUGUAGCCCAUAAGAUGACAAAAGUUCUUGCUGGCCAGUCAACUUCAAAACUCAGCAGUAAUCCACCACAGUCUUCUUCCUCCCUGGCUCCCUCUUCCUGCUCUGAGAAUGCAAUGGUGUGGAAAGAUGUCCGUCCCAAAGGGAAAGAAAGGGACCAGCCAUUGACCUCCAAAACCUUGCUUAAACCCCCAAAGGACAAAAAGGUUGGCUUUCGCUCUCCCACAAGAGGCGGACUUUCCACAUCACCUCAAGCUCUUAAAGACACCCAGUCUUUUGACAUGCUGGUGACCUGUGCCCAUUGCAACAUUCUUCUGCCACUUCCAACCCUUCAGAAACAUGAGAUCAAAUGUCUACGUUUGACAUCUUUGAAAAAUGCUAGGAUGAAACAAAAAUCAAGCCAUGGAGAAAAAGAAGACUUUCUACAGCAUUCAUGACUAAAUCUGAAAAUAGAGGCAUGUCUUCAGAUUGAAGCUUCAGCUCAGCUUUAGCAAAAGGCACUGAAAGUGUGAUAGCUUU